AUGGAAGAUGAAAAUAAAGAAAAAAACGAAAUAUCUCUGUUAGAAAUUAAGAGAAAAGUCCAAACAGAACUCGAGGCUUUAAAAGAUGAUAAUAAGCAAAAAAAGUUUCGAAUUUUGAAUUAUACCUCAAAAGAUAGUUUUGUAGGAAAAAUAGAGAAAGAUUUUUUAAUUUAUUUUUGUUUUUUAUGUGGAUUUAAUUGCUUAAUUAGUGAAAUUGAUAUAAAUAAUUUACCAACAAGAAAAACAGAUAGUUCAAUUAUUUUUCCUUGUAAAAAAAUUAUUCAUAAAAAAAAUCAUAAAAUACAAACAAAAAGAAUUUUAAUUAAAAGGAGAGAUGGAGUUGAAGUACAAUACAGAAUAUUAUGCAAAGAGUGUAAUGUACCAAUUGGAUAUAUUAAUGAUUUAAAUUAUGAUAAUUCAUAUAUUUAUUAUUAUAACUAUUCCAUGUUAAAGGAUCAAACAAAAUGUAAAAUUUUUACAGAUAUGUAA